ACUCUCGCGCGGAUAUCCAUUAAAAAGAUAGUCUAUGGCAGUGACUUUCGCUUCAACGUUCUGCAGGUCCGUUGCGUACGCCUCAUAUUCGUGAAAUACUUUCGUUUUGUACCUUUCUUUCUCCAGUGAGCUAGCGUUGUGCUUCACGCACGUCAGCGCAUUCGAGUAGCGAACUCCGCCGCUCCAAUUUCAGUGUACACUAGGAACGUAUUUCCCGCUCCCCCAACCCCACAAAUCUGCUGCCUGGAGAUCACUAGCGUCGCGCCACUAAAACAUUCCAAACCUGCCUACCUUGCAGCUUUCUCCCACACAGUCUCUCACAUCUUAUCACGUCAAGAUCGGAGACCUAGACGCUGCACCCACCACGAGUUGAAUUUCUGCGAUUCUAAACCUUCUAUCCUGCUCACAGCCCGACGUGUAAGCCACACCACUUGGCUGCUUUGGAUAUUUUGACACACGGUCUCGUUCGAGCACCAAAUACAUUUUUUGACUGCGGCCUGUCAGAAGCUCAGCGGUUCUUAACUUUGGUCUACCUUACAUAUACAGCCACAUCCGCCCUAUCGAUUGCAAGCCUAAAACUCCUCAUAACAUCUCCCCUAUCGAACGCUUCUCGCCUUCUACGCCCAUCUUCGCAACCAGAUUUACCUUUUUGCUCCCAUUCAUUAUACAUGGAAUCAUCGAGCGUACUGUCCAUCGCUACGCCUACAACCUUCACACAAUCACUCUACGACGAGCUAGCCUCGUUGGUGAAGGGGCCUAUCUUUCGCCCUAUCGAUCGCGAGUAAGUGUAAAGCAUUAUUCUGCUGUGCUAGGAUGACAUGUACGCGGCAAUUGCUGUCGUGUCUGUCUGCUAUGCAUGACCGAACAACGGGGGCCGGCGGUAGAGGUUUUCAGAGGUUUCGAGAGCGCAUCUCGACAUUCAAUGGCAAGAUCAAGCCGCUGUCCAAGGUACUCGUAUCGCCUUUAGAUGCGCAAGAUGUCAGCACCAUCGUGCGCUUUUGCCUCAAGCAUAACCUCUCACCUUCUGUGAAGGCUGGGGGGUAUGCCAUUGCUGGUUGGUCUGUCGCUGGAGACGUCGUCAUCGACAUGAGCAUGAUGCGUGAAAUUGACAUCGAGGCUCCUAUCACCACGGAGGCUGGUGUUACUUGGACUAGUCUCAGGGACAAGCCCGCUGGGACCAGCAAGGGUAAAGAUGUAGCUGGCGUCGUUCAGGUCAACGCCGGCAACAUUCGCGAGAAAUCACCUAUCGCUGAAGCGACUCGUCCAGAGGCUAUUCGCACGAUUAGCCCGAAGCGUCCCAGGGAAGAUAGUCCACCGCCACCCAACCCUCAACCAGGGCAAGUAGCGUCAUCAGGGCAGAUUAUCCAUCCAUCCGCGGACGAUGUUCAUCUUCGUUCAUAUGAUGCAGCCUCCGGAGUAGUCGGUUCCUUCUUGCGUGGACCACCUCUCCCGCGUGUAGAGGGUGACACUCCUCGUGAGCCACCUAAGAAUCGACCCAGGCUUCAUCCCCCUGGUCAUGAGGCAGAUAUGCCCGUCCUGGAGUCCAGACAAGUUUCAUCCGAAUCCGCGACGUCUUCGAGUGGAGGUUCUACAACGGGUUCUGGGUCUGGACUUUCUACCUCUGGAUCGUCUGCAGUACGGAGUUCGGGAACAGCUAGCACCUCACCCUUGGGUACACCAGGAGAGAGCGAUAGCGGGGAGAAGAGUCGUUCACCCACGAACACCGAUCCGUUCGGGUACAUACCUGGCGUCUCUGCAACUCGCCCGUCCAUGUUUGGCGGCGUCGAACCAUUCAAUCCUGGUCUUACACCUUCUUCCGCAUCGGUAUCCAUGUUCUCCUCUGCUGCGUCUAUGUUCCCUAGUAUUGGGACCUGGCAGAACUCUGGAGUAACAGUGGGAGCCGGACCCGUACGAAGCUAUGGACCUUCGGGAAGUCCGCCCGCUGUUCGAAGUUCAUUUGGGUUCAGAAAUCCCGCUUUUUCAGGAGGGUUUCCUUCGACGUCGGGGGCGUUCUCGUUGCCUACUUCACAUCCCGUGGGUGGCGUGACUGCGGCCGAUCCUAUCCAUAGUCAUGCAUAUGUGACAUUUGGCGCGGGAAUGAGGCAGAAAGAGGUGGAUCUAUAUACUGCAGAGAAUCCGUUGGAGGGUAUAAAUCGGAUGACUGGAGAAAAUGAGCAAGGCCUUGUGCCGUAUCACAUCCCUUCGUCUGCACACCCUGUUGGAUCUUCCAUCAUGUUGUUGGCAGGGUUUGGCUUCCUCAGCCGAAUGUAUGGUCUGAGUAUCGACAAUGUGGUCGAAGUCGAAAUGGUGCUCGCUGAUGGCCGCAUUGUAGUAUUGGACAAGGAUACCGAUCCAGAUCUGUGGUGGGCCAUACGAGGUGCUGGUCCAGCUUUCGGUAUCGCCACCAGAUACAAAGCCAUGGCGUUCCCGAUUCCGGUGGUAUACGCAGGAAAUCUUAUCUACCGCUUCCAUCGAGCCACCGCACCUUCUCUCAUCAAGCACUUCAGAGACUGCAUCAAAGGUUGUCCAAGGGAACUCUAUGCCAACGUUCUUCUAACCACAGGUCCCGCCAACCAAGACUCGCUGAUUGUCAUCCAGUUGUGUUAUGUCGGACCAAAGGAGAAAGGUCAAGAAUACCUUCAGGCGAUCUCGAGCUGGGAUGGGGAACGGCCGCUAUUGAAUGAGGUGAAUGAGAAGAGCUAUUUGAAUCAACAGGAUAGUGUUGCUCAGGUUCUCAGGGGAAAGAGAGGGAGGCAGUGGUUCAUGCGAUCGUCUUUGAUCCAUUCGCUUCCUGAUGAAGUCAUCAACAAGACUGUUAUGAAGUUUGGAGACACGCCUAUAGGAUGCACCUGGAUCUUCGAAUUGUCCGGAGGUGCUAUCGCAGAUUAUGAAGAUACCUGUUUGCCCAAAGAACAACGUGAAGCAAUUUGGACUGUGGCGGCGCUGCACCAGUGGGACAUGGGUGUCGAUGAUCCGAGGUGUAUCGAGUCGGCGGAAGAAUGGAUGGAGGAUAUUAUUCGUCCUGUUUCUCUGGGUGGACCAUUCCCAACUUUCCUUGGACGACACGAACGGCCUGAGCGUACCAUGGCAUGCUACGGCAAGAAUUGGGAUCGUCUCGCAGAACUCAAGCGCAAGUAUGAUCCGCAUCACUUGUUCAAGAAUAAUUUCUGGCCAUUGAACAAGAGAGGCGAACCUGUUGAGCCAAGUUACAACGAGCCCCCUUCGCCAUGAUGUGAUAUGCACAUUUGUCGAAAUGUAUAUUAUUGAUUUUAGUGAACUGUAUAUAACGAUCCGCGGUCUUCACAGAAUCACAUCGACUAUCGGCCUGACGGUGCUUU